CAGUUAAAUGUGAGGAAACACAUAGGGACAAAUGACCAUAAAGGUUUGGUAUCGUCACGAGUGGCCUCCCCAAUUCCCUCUAGAUGUCUUGUGCAGUUAUCGCCCCGCCAUGAGGCCGGCCGAGGUCGAUGCGCCAUCCGAUUGCAUCCUGGUGGUAGGCGUCUCACGAUCGAAGAUCGCCGCGGCCUUCCUCACGGUCGCCCUGCUCUCCCUCUUCGUCACCUUCCACAUCCUCUACGACAGCGCGGUCUACAGUCUACGCGCGGCCGCUAAUCGUUUGGAACCCCUCGAGGUAGGCUCCCCGUCGCCCCCGCCGGGCAUUCUCCCCGGUAAGGUCCACUUCCCGAAGACAAGCCGCCAGCUGCCCCAGGCGAUCAUCAUCGGUGUCCGCAAGUGCGGCACACGCGCCCUCCUCGAGAUGCUCUUCCUCCACCCGCAGAUACAGAAGGCAGCCGGGGAGGUGCACUUCUUCGACAGGGAGGACAAUUACGAGCGGGGCCUCGAGUGGUACAGGCGCAAGAUGCCCUACUCGUUCCGCGGCCAAGUAACCAUCGAGAAGAGCCCGAGCUACUUCGUCACGCCGGAGGUGCCGGAGCGCAUCCACGCGAUGAACUCGAGCGUGCGUUUACUGCUGAUAGUGCGGGAGCCGGUGACGCGCGCCAUCUCGGAUUACGCGCAACUGCGCAGUCACGCGGCGAGCGCAGCCCCGGGUGUCGGUACCCCGGCCCCGGUCGUCCUCGAUCAGCGAAGCUUCGAGCAGCUGGCCAUCCAACCUGACGGGAGCGUGAACGAGUCGUACCGGCCCAUCGCCAUCUCCAUCUACCACGUGCACAUGCACCGUUGGCUCGAGGUUUUCCAGCGUCGGCAGAUCCUCGUGGUGAACGGGGACCAGCUGAUCGACGACCCCGUACCACAGCUGAAGCGUAUCGAGGGCUUCCUCAGGCUCGAGCCGCACAUCGGCCGACACAACUUCUACUUCAAUCGCACCAAGGGCUUCUACUGCAUGCGCAACGGCACCUCCGAGAAGUGCCUGAAGGAGAGCAAAGGUCGUAGGCACCCGCGCGUCAGCCCCUUGGUCGUGAAUAAGCUACGAAAGUUCUUCGCCGAGCAUAACCAGCGCUUUUACGACCUCGUCGGCGAGCACCUCGGCUGGCCCGAGGAAUGAGUCUCUCCACCAUCACCAUCAUCCACAUUCCCGAACCCUAUCCAAUCUCAUCGCCCAGCCCGUAUCUCCUUUCUACACCCUUCCCGGC